AUCUAAUGUUCAAGAAGGCAUUACUGAAGGUGGUGGUGCAAAUGACGUGACACACAUGGAAGGCAUCUGCUGCUGUGAAAACUGUGGAAGGUAUCGGAUAAUGGAGGAGUUCAAUCAACAAGAUUGUUUUUGCGGCACAAACUGUCAGCAACAAUACACAGAUCAACAGCCCAUUGUGGAUCUUGUACCCAUCAAGCAAAAUGCUGGAACAUUAUUGAAAUGCAUCAAAAAGCGAAACAGGAAAGUGAGUGUGAAUGUAAAGGAAGAUUCUGAUGAAGAUUUUGAAGAUGGCCACAUGGAGGAAGUGCAAGAUGAUGGAAAAAUGAAGAUAAAAAUGUCUGCAGUGCUGACUAACCACAGUAACUUCAAAAACAGUCGACUUUUUGACCCAGAUUCCAAGUUCACAAAACAGGCUGUGCCACUUCCUGGAAAGAAAAAGGCUUGGUCCUGGGUACAAUAUCUUGAAGAAGAAAAGGCAUUAGCAGCACUUCCUAAACUGUUUAAAGAGUUUCAGUUAGUUCCUCAGAUUAAAAAUGGAUUUAAAGUAGGCAUGAGGUUGGAAGGGAUUGACCCACGGCACCCCUCCAUGUUCUGUGUGUUGUCAGUGGCAGAGGUAUGUGGUGUCCGGCUGAGGCUCCAUUUUGAUGGAUAUUCGGAGUGUUUUGAUUUCUGGACGAACAUUGAUUCACCUGAUAUCCAUCCUGUAGGAUGGUGUGAGAAGACCAAUCGCAAAUUGCAUCUUCCUAAAGGCUAUAAGGAAGAGGAGUUUAACUGGUCAAGCUACCUGAAGGCAUGUAAGGGCCAACCAGCCCCAAGGAAUCUCUUCAAAGUUCAGAAUACAGCUGUUACUCCUUCAGGAUUUCGAGUAGGUAUGAAGCUGGAAGCAGUGGACAGAAAGAAUCCCUCCCUGAUCUGUGUUGCAUCAGUCACAGAUAUUGUAGACAAUCGCUUUUUGGUUCAUUUUGAUAACUGGGAUGAUACGUAUGAUUACUGGUGUGAUGCGAGUAGCCCAUACAUCCAUCCAGUGGGCUGGUGUCAGGAACAAGGCAAGACCCUCACACCUCCCCAAGGAUAUUCUGAUGCAGAAAAUUUUUCCUGGAAGAAAUAUUUGGAGGAGAUGGGUGCUACCUCUGCUCCAGCUCGUGCUUUCAAAGUGAGGCCCCCGCAUGGUUUCCAGUUAAAUAUGAAGCUUGAAGCUGUUGACAGACGAAACCCAAUGUUGAUUCGAGUUGCCACAGUUGUAGAUGUCGAUGAUCAAAGGAUAAAGGUCCAUUUUGAUGGGUGGAGCCAUAAUUAUGAUCUUUGGUUUGAUGCAGAUCACCAUGAUAUUCACCCUGCUGGGUGGUGUGCCAAGACAGGUCACCCAUUGCAACCACCACUUUCUUCACAAGACCUUGUCGCAGUUCCAACUCCUGGAGGAUGUCCAACACCUGGAUGCAAAGGUGUUGGGCACAUCAAAGGUGCCCGGUAUACAGGUCAUCAUAGUGCUUUUGGCUGCCCCUAUUCAGAACUCAACCUGAAGAAAGAGUCGAUUCAAGACAGACUUGGAGGAGAGAAACAGAUGACCCUGGUGCCAAUACCUCUUGUUUCAAGAACUAAACGUAUGGAUAGUAAUCAUUCAAGUGGCAAGCCAGAGGAGUGUGUAAAUGAAGCAAGAAAAUGUCCCACUCCUGGUUGUGAUGGAUCAGGUCACAUAACUGGCAAGUACACAGCACACCAUCGAGUCUCAGGGUGCCCGCUUGCUGAUCAAAAACAGAUCAAGAUCAAAAUUGAACCACAGGAUGAAGAAGGGCCAUCCGAAAAUAAGCCAGUAUUUUCAUUUGUUCAGCGGAAAAGGACAAAACAUCAAGGCCGACUCACUCGACCGGCAAAAUACAUGAAAAUGAAAGAGGAAACAGAUGAUGUUGACCUGCAUAGUCUCCUCAAAGAUCUUUCAGUUGACAGCAUGCAACAAGCUCUCCACCAGUCUGUCUUCAUGUCAGCCAUGUCUGCUCACCCAGUUCGUGACCUCCCACUUUGCUGGGAGCAGCAUUGCAAACUACUGCCUGGAGUGGUGAAUUUCCAAGCCAGCAAGGUGUCCAAAUGGAGCAUUGAUGAGGUCGCAAACUUUGUUCAGACACUCCCUGGUUGUGAGGAACAGGCAAAAAUCUUUAAGGAAGAGCAGAUUGAUGGAGAAGCAUUUCUUUUGCUGACACAGGUGGACAUAGUUAAGAUCAUGAGCAUCAAGUUGGGUCCAGCCCUGAAGAUUUACAAUUCCAUUCUGAUGUUUAAAAAUUCUGAAGAUAAUUUGGAAUAA